AUGCGCGCAGUGGAGACACAAAAACUGAUGGCCUCUUUGCCGGGGACCGAUCACUUUCUACAACCUUUCUUACAGGUGAGGAGGAAAAUGUGUUUGAAAUGUUUCUAGAGGAAAUUUGGUAUGGGAGAGACAAUUCAGUGUGACUUUAGAGUACAUUUAGAAAGUGCCAAGCACAAUUAUUGAUUCAUUUUCUCCCAGUAUCUUUUUAGGAAUUGGUCUGGUUUAAUAGUUUUUAACAGUAUUUUACCAUUACUUUAGUUUAGUUCAUUAAAUACAUAGAAAAAUUAUAACAUAUAUUUUAGAAAUAGAGAUGUUGUGAUCCACAGUAAAAGGUCACCACUGUUCUAUCGUUGCUCUGUGAUCACUAUAAGAUAUUGAUUUUGUAUCUUGUUUUGUACUCAAGAGUAUCCAAUUCAAUAGUGUACAUCAUGUCUAACAUCCAUUCUCUCUAUACCCCACAGGACCGCAUAGCCAGCUCCUCUCCUGAGAACGAGCCCCAUCCCCUCUCCUCCUUCAUGGCCAGAACCUGUGGCCAAGCCCGUCUGGGAGGCAGUGGAGUGGGGCAGGAGCGGCAACACCCUCCUUAUGAGGGGAACAUGAGCUCCAUGACUGGGAUGCUCCAGCUGUGGGGCGGUGAAGUGGCCCAGAGCUCCAGUCUAGGGGUCCAACAGGUGGAAACUCUGACAGUGCCAAAAUUAUAUUUUCCUGGCCACAUCCAGAGUGGACUGGGCCCUCACCCCCAUCCCCAUCCCCACCACCACCACCUCCAUGAGCUGCCUCUCACCCCUCCGGCUGAGCCCUCCUCCACCCCGGCUGCCUACGCCUUUGAGCUCUCCCCAGUGAAGAUGCUCGCUCCUCAGGUCCAGGGUAGCUCUCAUGACCCAUACUUCCACCACCAGCACAAUGGCAUUGGGCAGAACUUUCCUAACUUCCUCCAAGUUUCCACAACGAGACACCCCCACCACCCUGGUGGGUAUACAGAGGAAAUUCAGCAGUGGUGGAGCCUGCCCCAGAACACCAGCAGCCCCCAUGGCCAUCACCAACCUCACAGCCACCCCCACCAUCACCACCCUCACCCCUUUGCCCUGGGCAGACAGCUGGUGUUGGGGCACCAGCCUCAGAUCGCGGCCCUCCUCCAGGGCUCAUCCAAGGGCCUGCUGGGCUCCACACGCCGCUGCAGGCGCUGCAAGUGCCCCAACUGCCAGGCCUCCUCUGGGGGCACAGGGGCUCCAGCCAACCCUGAGGAACCAGGCCGGAGGAGGCUCCACAUCUGCCACCUGCCCGAGUGUGGCAAGGUGUAUAAGAAGACGUCCCAUCUGAAGGCCCACCUACGCUGGCAUGCCGGGGAGCGGCCCUUCCUCUGCAGCUGGCUCUUCUGCGGGAAGAACUUCACACGCUCGGACGAGCUGCAGAGGCACCUGCGCACACACACGGGGGAGAAGCGCUUCGGCUGUCAGGCAUGUGGGAAGAGGUUCAUGCGGAGCGACCAUCUAGCAAAACACGAGAAGACCCACCAGGGUAAGAGGGGACAGCCAGAGUCAAGGGACAGUCAGGGCCCCCAGCAGGAGGCUCCACGGCAACCGGGUGGCGCCAGAGGACCAGACAGGAACAUCAAGAAGGAGUAG